AGUGCAAAAAGCAGCAGCGGAUUUGCGUAAAUCCCACUUGAUUGCUUCACCUUCCUCCUCCUCCUCAUGCUUCUCUCUCUCUAUCUCAUAACUUGAAUCCUAAGUAUGAUUUACACCCUCUUCUCUUUAAAUGAACACAAUUAGUUCCCUAGUUUUACCCUCUCCACAUAACAACAACACUGACACAUUUCCACCCCCUGAAACGUUUCACUGACACACGCACACGGGCAAUGUCUCACUAUAUAGCCCCAGUGACUACUUCAUAGUUCACAGUUCACAGACCCUUUCUCCAUAAUUAAGAAAACCCUGUCCUUUUGUGUCCUUUUCCCUCCCACACAUGGGUCGCCAUUCCUGUUGUUUAAAGCAAAAACUAAGGAAAGGUUUAUGGUCCCCCGAAGAAGAUGAGAAGCUUUUCAAUUACAUUACCAGAUUUGGUGUUGGCUGCUGGAGUUCCGUUCCCAAACAAGCUGGUCUGCAAAGGUGUGGAAAGAGUUGCAGAUUGAGAUGGAUAAACUACUUGAGGCCUGAUUUGAAGAGAGGAAUGUUCUCUCAGCAGGAGGAGGAUCUUAUAAUUAGUCUCCAUGAAGUUCUAGGAAAUAGGUGGGCUCAAAUUGCAGCUCAAUUACCGGGGAGGACAGAUAAUGAGAUUAAGAACUUUUGGAAUUCAUGUUUGAAGAAGAAGCUAAUGAAGCAAGGGAUUGACCCUGCUACACACAAGCCACUCCUCAAUGUUGAAGAUCGCAUGAUAAAGGAAGAGAAGGAAACCACAGCCACAGAGACAGCACCUAUGCUACUACCGGUCUCUCAAGGGGUUUUAGAGUCACCACUUCUAGUGAACAAUUCUAAUAGUUACUAUGAUGAUGGAGUAGCACUAGCGGUAACAGAAGCUUCAAGGGAAGUUUACGUGAACAAGCCUUCUGCAUUGGACCCUUUGUCCUACUUUGAAUUCCAAAUGGGUAAUUAUAGUUAUAACUCAAGUGUGAGUCAUUGCCACCCAAUGAGACAAUUUGAUCAGAACCAGGUGGGAACCGAUUCUAGCUACGGAUUCUCGUCAAUGCCGUGUCUGAAUGGUUCUGAUCAUGGGAACGUGUCGGUGACGGACUCUGUCGGAGAUCCAACAUCGACCAGUGGUAUAACCAGAAAUAACUCAAGCAUGAGUGUUUAUCCGGGGUGUCAAAUGAUGGGGUUCUCGUGGGAUGGUGAGAGUAAUAAGGUUGAUCCUUUGUUACAAUUUGAAGUCAAUGUCGUAAAAUCUGAAGAGUUCAAGGCAAGUUCGUGGCAAGAAGAAGCGCAGAUUCUGGCUCAGAAUUCAAUAGAUUUCACUAGCUAUCCGUUAAUGACGUCACUGUCGGAGGAUCUAACGGUGGGAGCAAAUUUUGAUGUUUUCCAGCACAUGUGAGCUGUAAAUUCUCAUUUUUUUUAACGUUGAAUUUUUUGAGCUGUUAAUUUCUCUCGUUGAAACAAGAUAGAAAAGAAUAGAAAGGUGUUGAUAACAGGAAAUUUGUAGCAAAAGAUUUGAGAAUUGAGAUGAUGAGAUGAGAUGAUCCCCCCCUCCCAUCCGCAUAUCUUUGUUUUUCUUGUUGAUGUAUCAGUUUUCAUCAGCAGAAGUUUGAAUGACGAUUAUUGCUGAUUAAUGAGUGAAGCUAAUUUUAUUUUCUUUUUUUUGUGAUCCUCAUCUUUUCAUCUGUCCAUUCACAAGUCUUU